AUGCCGGAUGGGCGCGACGCGGAAAAGCUGCUCGGCGAGAAGCUGGGGAGCGAGACACGCAGAGGAGUCUGGAUCUCGGAUACGUUUCGUUUUGCUAUUCGGAUAAUGGGUAUUAUGAAAGUCGCUCCGAGCGACGGGUCGAAAAAGGAUGAUGCGCCUAUGCUCCACAAAACCGUAUGCUCAGUCCAGUUCUGGGCGAUGUUACUGCUCACCGCCCAGCAGACCGGCAUGCCGUUGCUCGUCCGCGAAGUGAAUAAGCAAUCAUCGUUUCUGCCGACCACCUCGGUGUUCAUGAUGGAGCUAAUUCGACUUCUCACCUGUUCGAUCAUCAUCUCCAUCAAUUUGCGCAGUCCGCUCAAGUUCGCCAAUGAAUUCCGGGCAACAGUUUGGCAGAAUAAAGUGGAGACGGCGAAGGUGUGCGUGCCGGCUGUCGUCUAUGCUAUCCAGAAUAAUUUGUAUUACGUCGCGUUGGCCAAUAUUGACGCUACGACAUAUGCCGUCACCUACCAACUCCGCAUCCUGACAACAGCCCUCCUCUCCGUGCUUCUCCUUUCCAAGCGUCUAUCCGGUCUCCAAUGGGCGGCUCUGUUCGUCUCCAUGUCGGGCGUCGUGCUCGUCCAGUUGGAUGGAGCGACAUCCGUUUCAAACGCAAGGGGGAACUGGCUGCUCGGGAUCGGGGCCGUGUUUUCGAUGUGUUGGACAAGUGCAUUUGCAGGCGUCUACUUCGAGAAAAUGCUGAAAAAGUCGUCAGUUGAUGUGUGGAUGCAGAACAUCCGCCUCUCAAUGCUCACCGCACCCUUCGCCUUCGCCACCAUGUUUGCUUCCGAUUUCUCGAAAAUCCAAGAAGGGGGCUUCUUCCAGGGGUGGACCCCGUUGGUGUGGCUGAUGACGAUAUUGAACGCAUUUGGGGGGCUAGUCGUGUCGAUUGUCAUGAAAUACGCGGACAAUGUGAAGAAGACGUACUGCCAGACAGUGGCCAUAGGUCUAACGGCUCUCCUCUCGGUCUACCUGGGUGAUGUCCUCCUCUCGCUCCAACUGACAGCCGGCGUGUGUCUCGUCAUGAUCUCUGGCUUCCAUAUCCCCCCGCCAAAGAAUCCC